AUGGUGACGACAGUUACAUUUGAGACGAGUGAAGGCACGUUCAAGGCGGAGCUCUUCACAGAAAAAAUGCCGAUUACGUGUGGCAACUUAAUUGAUCUUAUCAACCAGAAGUACUACGAUGGCCUUUACAUUCAUAGAAUAGUCCCAGAUUACUGUAUCCAGUUUGGCUGUCCAAACGCAAUCAAUCCACACGUCUACUACGGCACUCUAGAAGAAGAGGGUAUCGGCGAGGGAGCUGGUCCACCUGAAACUUCUUUCAAAUCAUGCACUGGAAAGAAACAUACCAGAGAUGAAUACGGCAAUAUUGAAGACGAGUUGAUCAAAGAUUUUUCCAAUAAAGAGGGCACACUGUCGAUGGCUAACAGUGGAGAACCGGACACGGGAGGUUCCCAAUUCUUUAUCAACGUGAAGGACAAUCCACAUCUUGAUUGGUUCAAUGGUAGCUCAGAGUCUGCCCAUCCAGUCUUUGGCAAGAUAAUUGAGGGAUAUGACACUAUCGUUAAGAAAAUUGAGCAUGCUGAAAUUAGCGAAACUAAUUCUGAACAGCCAGCAAAACCAAUCCAAAUGAAAUCAGUCACGGUCACCAUUAGCUAG